CUGGUUUGGCGCCUUUAGCUCUGCGCUCCUGUCCGCGCCUUCGCGGGCUUCCCAUCGAUCAAUGCACACCGAGGAUCGGUCCCAACAACGCGUAAUCAACAUUUAAUACCGCCGUACCCGUCGGACAAUUGCAUAUGCUAUCAUGACCAACCGACUGUGUGAUGAAUGCACCCUGCGGAGAGACGGCGGGGAACUUUCUUGGAUGGUGAAGUAUAUGGACUCGACCCUGGCAUCAAGAUCACGACACAAUAUAUCAGACACGGAGUCUUGGCCCAAUAUAUUUACUAAAUCUUCCUUCUAUUCAGUCCGCGUUGUGGAGAUUACUUAUACACAGUAGUGGACAUAAGGUCGGUACCCCUGCUUUCAAAUCCGAAACUCAUGUCUCCAAAAGUCAUUCUAGUAACUGGUUGUUCAAACGGCGGAAUUGGCUUUUAUUUAUGUGAGCGCUUUGCCGAACAGGGAUGCACCGUGUAUGCCACAUCUCGCAGGCUGGAGACGAUGGACGGCUUCAAGCAUCCGGUAGAAAAGCGUGCCAUGGAUGUGACCAGCGAUGUCGAUGUUAAACUCGUCGUACAGUCUAUUCUAGAAGAACAGGGGAAAAUCGACAUUGUUGUGAAUAAUGCCGGUGCUAUUGCCAUCGGACCGUUGCUUGAUGCGUCCUUAGAUCAGGCUAGAAAAGCCUUUGAGACCAACACGUUCUCAAUCUUGCGGGUUGCACAAGCAGUCGCGCCUUCCAUGGUCGAAUGCAAACAAGGGCUUAUCGUCAACAUUGGGUCACUUGUAGGCAAUAUCCCUACUCCUUGGAAUGAAUUAUACUGCGCAGCCAAGGCGGCGGUUCGUGCCUUCACUGAUGUCCUGGCCAUGGAAUGCAGGCCCUUUGGUGUUAAAGUGAUGUUGGUAGCACCAGGUCAAGUUCGGUCAAAUAUUACUACUAACCAGGCAGCCACCUUGGAAUUAUCCCCCACGUCCAUUUACAAGCCUUACUUCGAUCGGAUGUACGAACGCCUGAAUGGUGGUCAAGCCAAAGGGAACAUGGAUACCGACGAAUUUGCACGCCGUGUGGUUGCAAAAGUGCUGAGUCCCAACCCUCCAAGUUAUAUGUCACUUGGGGGCAAGUCGGGUCUUUUCGAAUUCUUCUGCUGGCUCCCUCGUUGGCUUGUCCUCUGGAUUUUGGGAUCGUGGAUGGUGUGGAAGAAGACUGAGCUAUCUGUAUAGCUACCGCAUACCAUCUCGCUUACCAUGGAAAGGAAGAUAUGAUAGGGGGUGAACAUAUAUGACUGUCUGUGAUGAUGAAGCACGUUCUUUAGGAAAACACCCGAGAACUAUUCACGUGGCAACCGCUAGUCUACAUCCCCUUUCGACUCACCUCCGGUAUUAGCAGCUCG